AUGACUUUGAAAGUGGUAUCAAUUAUAGCCAUUUUAUUCAUUUGUUCGAGCUGUGGUUUUAGCCUGGCAAAUAUCUUUCUUUCAAAAGAUGAAGAUCUGGAGUUGGAAAGACAACUCAAAAUUCUCAAUAAGCCGCCCAUCAAAACAAUUAAGACAGCAGAAGGUGACAUUAUGGACUGUAUUGAUAUUAAUAAACAACCCGCGCUUGACCAUCCUCUCCUGAUGAACCACAAAGUUCAGACGAGACCAACUACAUUUCCUACUGGGUUGCAAUUGCCUGAAACUUCAUCAACAUCAAAAACUUUUGACAUAAGACAGAAUAGGGAACCAUGCCCAGCUGGCACUGUUCCAAUAAGAAGAACUUCAAAAGAAGAUUUAAUAAGAGUUAGAUCAUUGCAAAAGGAAUCUAUGGCUACUAUACAUCCAGAAACGGACUUCCCCAAUCGUAGCCAUGUACAUGUAGUAAAUUUAGGCAUGAAAAAGGGCGUGCCUUAUUUUGGAGCUGAAGCAUAUAUUGCAUCAUGGGGCUUAAAUGUGGCUGGAGACCAACAUUCAUCCACAAAUAUGUGGGUUCAAAAUGGUCCUCCUGAUCAAUUAAAUGUCAUACUUGCUGGAUGGACGGCAGAUAAUGCUGGAUCACCGGAUGCUACAACCAACUUUGCUCAGGAUCGACCAACUGGGAAUUGGUGGUUGUGGUAA